ACGCGCGCGUCCGCUUCGCACUGUCUGCGCAGCUCGGGGAAGGUCGUCCUAGUGACCGGCUCGGGGUGAAAGAAGCCAUCGCCAUGUUGUCGGUCGCUGCUCGUUCGGGCCCUUUUGCCCCCGUGCUGUCGGCCACGUCCCGUACGGUGGCGGGUCCCCUGCGGCCGCUGGUGCAGGCCUCGGUGGUGCCGGCCCCGCAGCCUCCCGUGUUGGAAGCGAAGCGGCCCCUCCUGUGCCACGAGUCCCUGGGUGGGCAGGCCGCCCGCCAGCAGCUCAUCGCCAAAGUCAGCCUCUUCUCUCCUGCUUCUGUUCGUUACUCCCAUACAGACAUCAAAGUUCCUGACUUCUCUGCCUAUCGUCGAGCAGAGGUUUUAGAUAGCAAGAAAUCUUCAAAAGAUAGUAGUGAAAGUAGAAAAGGCUUCUCCUAUUUGAUAACUGCAACUACAACUGUAGGUGUUGCAUAUGCUGCUAAGAAUGUUGUCUCCCAGUUUGUGUCUAGCAUGAGUGCUUCUGCUGAUGUGUUGGCCAUGUCAAAAAUUGAAAUCAAGCUGUCAGAUAUUCCUGAAGGCAAGAAUAUAGCUUUGAAAUGGAGAGGAAAACCUCUGUUUGUACGUCAUAGAACCCAGAAGGAAAUAGACCAAGAAUCUGCAGUGGAUUUGUCACAGCUGAGAGACCCGCAACACGAUUCAGACCGAGUGAAGAAGCCUGAAUGGAUCAUACUGAUAGGUGUCUGCACCCAUCUUGGGUGUGUACCCAUUGCAAAUGCAGGAGAUUUUGGUGGUUAUUACUGUCCUUGCCAUGGGUCACACUAUGAUGCAUCUGGCAGAAUCAGAAAAGGGCCUGCACCACUCAACCUUGAGGUUCCAGCAUAUGAAUUUACUAGUGAUGAUCUAGUCAUCGUAGGUUAAAGUACUGGACUCAAGGCACAAGUUCCCUUCAAAUUGUUUUAUGUAAAUUCAGAAGAGUUCUUGAGAGAUAUAUUAAUAAAUACUUCAAAUUGGUUGGUGUGAGAGAUUUAAGUAUUUCUGAUAAUGUAUUGGAACACAUUGAUCUGAAUUAAAUGCAGAAUACUUUCAAGUGUUUGCUUUUGAUAAAGCCACUAUUAAAGAUUGUUCUCCUAUCAA